UCUACAGCCCUUUCACCUUAUUCUUCAUAGACUUUCAGCUUCAGUUCAUGAACAAACACAAACAUGUCAUAUGUGUCAUUAUUGCUCAAAGACAAAACAUAUGCAUAUUUAAUGUUAUUUCAAUAUAGGAGACCCCUGCAAAUAAAAUGUUUAUUAGUAACUACAGGUUUUAGACUAUUGCAAAAAAAAAAAACAAUGGACUCAUUUCUGGCUCUCUGAUAAGAUUUACGACAAUAAAAGAUAAAGACUUGCCUGUCUGUGAUAAUGUUUGAACAUUCUUGACUUUAACACUUCACCUACGCCGUUUUCCCCCUAAUUUUUCAUUCCGGUUUGAUCCACCUUAAACUAGUGUCGGCUGAGACCACCCUCUUCAUUGAGACUUCAGAAACGCUCAUUUGCUUACAUAACAGGCUGCUUUCAAUAAGAGCGUCGCCAGGGAAAGCUGCUCUAAGUAUUUGGAUCAGAAAAAAAACAUAGUUUUGGCAUUUCUGAAAACUGAGGGCUUGCUACCAUUUUCUAUUCAAAGACUCACAUCAUGGCUAAGCGUGUGGCUGUGAUUGGAGCAGGCAGCUCUGGUCUGACCUCCAUCAAAUGCUGUUUAGAUGAAGGGCUGGAGCCUGUGUGCUUCGAGAGCAGUGAUGAUAUUGGAGGACUCUGGAAAUUUAAGGAAAAACCUGAGGCAGACCGUUGCAGUAUUUAUCGCUCUGUCGUAGUGAACACCUCUAAAGAGAUGAUGUGCUACAGUGAUUUCCCUGUACCGGAUCAUUUCCCCAACUUCAUGCACAACUCUUUGAUUGUGAAGUACUAUAAACUCUACGCUGAGCACUUCAACCUGCUCAAACACAUUCGCUUUCAGACCACAGUUUGCAGUGUGAGACAAAGGCCUGAUUUCUCUGACUCUGGUCAGUGGGAGGUGGUGACCGUGGACAGAGAUGGACGAGAGGAGACACGUGUGUUUGACGGUGUGCUGGUGUGUUCAGGACACUACACACAACCCAUCAAACCCCUCUCAGACUUCCCAGGUAUUGACACAUUCCCAGGGAUAAUAACUCACAGCUGGGAAUAUAAGGACCCUGAUCCUUACUUUGGGAAGAGAGUAGUUGUCGUUGGGAUUGGGAAUUCUGGUGGAGACAUAGCCGUGGAGCUCAGCAGAGUGUGUGAUAAGACAUUCCUAAGUACCAGGAAAGGUGCUUGGGUCAUAGGUCGCAUGGUCGGUAGAGGGCUUCCUCUAGAUAUGACGAUGGUCAGGCGAGUUCGAGAUAUGAUUUACAGUCUGCUGCCUCGAGCUCUGCUCAACUGGUUUGGGGAGAGAAGCCUCAAUCAAAGACACGACCACAAGCUGUAUGGACUACAGGCUACACACAGGAUCUUCGAUCAGCGUACCAUUAUAAAUGAUGACCUCCCAGGUCGCAUUCUGGUUGGAGAACUGGUGAUGAAAUCAAAUGUGCAGAAGUUUCAAGGCUCAACGGUUGUCUUUGAUGAUGGGACUGUAGAAGAGAAGAUUGAUGCAGUGAUCUUAUCCACAGGAUAUGAUUAUAAAUUCCCCUUCCUCCCCGAUUCCUUAAACUCUGGUUCUGAUGGAGAUCUGAAACUUUACAGAAGAGUCUUUCCUCCAUCUCUAGAGCGUCCCACACUGGCCAUCAUGGGCCUGCUGCAAACCAAAGGGCCGAUCAUGCCAGCUGUAGAGCUACAGGCACGCUGGGCCACCAGGGUCAUUGCAGGACUAAAUCAUCUUCCUCCAGCUGAUAAAAUGGAUAAAAUAAUUGAGAAAGACAUACAAGCAUAUUUAAAGAGUUACUGUCCCAAAGUGGCUGCCCUUCAAGUGGACUACAUCCCUUACCUAGACACAAUAGCAAAGGAAAUAGGUGUCCGUCCCAACAUUGCUUGGCUUCUCCUGAAGGACCCUGCUGUUGGUUUGAGGGUUUUCUUCGGGCCCUGUACUCCCUACCAGUAUCGACUGAGUGGACCGGGGCACUGGAGAGGUGCCCGUCAGGCCAUCCUUACCCAAUGGGAUCGUGUGGCCAAACCCAUGAAGACGCGCUCCAUUCCAGAGCCUUCAUCCUUCAGCUUAUUCUUUUGGCUGGGCCUGUCAGGAGGAGCUGGAGUGAUUUUUGCUUUAAUGGCAAUGCAGAAGAAGGUCCCACUGUUUUUUAAUAUCUAUUAGAUCUCAGAUAUCCCAAACUUGAUUUUUGAGUAACUGUGUUUUGUAUUUGCACUUUAACCUAAUUGUUUUUUAAUUUAAUUAUUGGAGUUAAUUAUCAUUUAUAAUAAUAAUAAUAAUAAUAAUAAUAAUAAUAAUAAUAAUAACUAACCUUAUAAGAUAAUCUAACAAGUAUAACCUAGUACUUGUCUAGAAAGUAUUUUUACUUUUACUACUAGGCCUAGCUGUGAAUUGUACAGUGCAGAUAUUACUAUGUCUACAUAUCAUUUAGAUUCACUCUUAUACUAUGACCAAUAUUUAUUGUUGUGGAGAAAACAAACUAUUACAGACUAUAAUUAUAAACAUUAAAUAUUUUUCAGCAUUUUUUCCUCACAAAAAAAAAAGUAAAGCAACAUGAUUGACAUUAAUUAUAAUUGAUAUCUGAUGUUUGGUCUUUGAGCUAUCUUGUGGUAUUUUUAAUUUAUUGCGGUCCAUUGUAAGACACCGCUGGAAAGACAUCAACCAAUUAGUGAGUAGUAGAGAAAAAUGAAUAGUGGAGAAAAGGAUAAGAUGAUCAGAAAAUAUCAGGUUCUGUAAGUCAUACAGACUUCUCUAUAUUUGAGCAUUGAGAAAAUACAGUUGGUUGUAAAAGCAGAUUGAAAAAAGAUUGAACCUCAACAAAAUAAGAUAAAUUGUCUUUUGUGUGUCUCUCUGUCUGUAAAAAAAUUUAGUACAUGUGUCACGUCUUUGGACUUUGUGUUAUUGUUUUUGUCGUGUGCCAUGUGUUCCGUAUGACCCACUUUAGUUAAUUGUCUUCAUUGUCUUCAGCUGUGUCUAGUUAAUAAAGUAAUUCCGUUGAGUAUUUAAGUCCUGUGGUUUCAGUUCUGCUGGUCCGAUCUCGUCUUUAUGUGCGUGUGGUUUUGUCCUGCCUGCCUGCAGUUAUAUUGUUUAUUUCAUCUCUGAGUAGAUUAAAGCGUUUCAAUUACCUUUA